AUGUAUCCAGGAGGAGCUGGAUUUGAAGACCGCGCUCAACUAAAAAAACUUCUUGCUGGAUUUCAUAAAGAUCGAUUUCAAAGAUUGAGUCCAGCAGGAGUUAUAGGUGUGUAUCCAGGUGGAAUUGGAUAUG